AAGUGGGCUGUGAAUCAGCCGCGUCUCUCCUACCUGGAGACUCAGCCAGACCAGGCAGAGGCAGCUGGAGGCCAUGUGAUCAGCAGCUACAGCGAUUUCCAGCCAACUGCCACGCCUACGCCUAUUGGCGCCUCUCGCAUGAAACUGAAGCGGCAAUCGCUGCUCCACAUCCAGAUGCAGGCGGAUGCGGAUGCGGAUGCGGGCGACAAGGAGAAUCAGUUGACCUCCACAUUGACGUCGACGCCGCUGCCCGCUGCCUCGGCUGCUGCUGCCCCUCUGGCGCCGCGCUGCACGCCUCUGCUGCGGGACCUGAGCAACAUCCUCUCGCCCCUGCACACGCCCCCCCUGAAGAGGACUGCCUAUGCGUGCACGCUGCCCACCUUCGAGGCGGAGUACUCGCCCGGCCACCGGGAGAACAAGGAGCAGGCGGACAGCCAGCGGGGCACGCAGGACAACAGGAUCAUUCCAGGAGCGCUGCUGGCACUGCGUGGCAUGGGCAUCCCGGACAGCUACUUCGAGAAGCCGCGCUACCUGCAGCCAGCUGCCCCAACUCCUGCUCCUCCUGCUGCUGCUCCAUCAGCUGCCCCCGUUGCUGACCAGACGACGCUCAGCUCUACCCAGAUGGGCGACGUCACCUUGGAGCGCAUGAUCGAUGCGAUCCUCGAGAGCACGCGUAAAGCGCCAUCUGCAGCGCCUCGUGCUCGCGCCCGUCCCCAUCCCCAUCCUCGUUCCCGUCUACGCCGCAUCUCUCGCUCCCAUUCUCGCUCGCGCCCCGCUCCACUCCCGCCCAUCUCCACGAGCCACUCGCCCACCUAUCGCCCCGCCUUCGAUCCGGCCAGCGAUCUGAGCGAGUAUUGGCAGCCACCCAGCCAUCCGGAUGCGUACGAAGAGAGGGAAGUGCGCUCUCCCCAGCAGGGAGUGGGAGUGGGAGCGGGAGAUGCAUCUCUGUCUCUGGCGGGCAAGCGACGCUCUCUGCAGCAGCUGCGCAGGCAGCGCGUGGUGAGGCGCAAGCGGAAGAUCGCCACGAAGAUCUCGUCCAGCGUGCGCCACUCGGCGCAGAAGCUACUCGCGGCUGCGGCCCGAUCUGCCCACAAGCUGCCCCAUCCCCAUCUCCAUCCCCACGCACACUCGCACUCCCGAGCUCCUGGCCAGAGGCACAUCAGCCCCGACAGCGGACACAACUCCACCAGCGACUGCGAACUGGAGCUGGAG